AUGGCGAAAGAGCGGCGAAGUUCAAGUUUCCGGUGGGUUUUCCGGAAUCUUGUGCAGCCGGAGCCAGACACGGCGGCCAUCGGUUUCUUAUCCUUCGAAAUCACAGCUCUAAUGUCAAAGCUUGUUCUGCUAUGGAAUCGAUUACAAGACAGCGAAUUCACAACAGUAAAACAAAACCUCUCAAGUUCAACAGGAAUCAAGAAGCUAAUUUCAGACGACGAACAGUUUCUAAUGGAACUUUUCAUGAAAGAAAUCGUUGAAGAUCUUCAAUACAUCGCCAAAUCAAUCGUGAGAUUUGGGCCCAAAUGUUCGGAUCCUGUUCUUCACGAAUUUGAAAAAUUCGUCACUGACCCAUUGAACAACGAAUUCAAUUGGUUUGGUUGGCAAUACAAAUGGAAGAAAAUGGACAGACGAGUUAAGAAAAUGCAGAGAUUCAUUGUACUCGCGGCGGAGCUGACGAGAGAAAUGGAGAUUGUGGCGGAGAUUGAACGGCAUUUGCGGCGGAAGACGGCGAUUUUCGCCUUCGCUGGCGGCAAAAGACAUUCAUUCAAGUAUCGGAAGAAAAUUUCGUGGCACCGCCGCCAUGUUCAGAGCUUGAAAUUGACGACGCCUUGGAACAGAUCAUAUGAUUACAUUGUUAGACUUUUCAUGAGAUCCAUGAUUACAAUUAUAGAACGAAUUAAAAUUGUGUUCGGAGUUAAGGAACUCCGGCGGCUGGAUUACGGCGGAGAGAAAUCGGCCGACCGCCUAGUCCCGGUGGGGAGUUGCAGGAGGUCGGAAUUAGAAGAACAGGGGAAAAAACAGAGCAAUAAUCAUUGUCCGCCAUUGAUGAAGAUUUCUUCAGGGAUUAAAAAAGCUCCUCAAUUUUCCCAUUUCCCAUCGUUUCGAGACUGUAAAGACGGCGGAAUUGGAUCACCGCCGUCACUUACAGCGGUGCGCAAAACGUUGUCGUUGACGGUGAAAAACAGAGCACCAUCUUCUCCGAGACGAACCAAUGGCGGCCAUUAUUCAAUCUCAUCAUUCUUCAUCAAAGAGAAUUUAUCAAACCCACCUCCGAAUUCCCUCGGCGCCGCCGCCUUAGCAAUUCAUUACAGCAAAAUAGUGAUUUUAAUCGAGAGAUUAGCGUCGGCGCCUCACCUGAUCACCGUCGAGGAUCGGCACGAACUCUUCAACAUGUUACCAGCGAGUAUCAGAAAGGCUGUGAGAUCGGCAGCAAAAUUUCGGCAUCCGCCGUUGUACAACCCGGAUCUCGCGGCGGAGUGGAAAUCGGCGAUGGGAAGAAUAUUCCAGUGGUUAGCUCCAAUGGCUCGUGACAUGGAGACAUGGCAUUCGGAGCAGAGCAUUGAGAAGCAGCCCGACGACGCAGGCUCCGCCGCAGAUGGCGGCGGUCCAAGGUCCCAUGUUCUGUUGCUUCAGACUUUUCAUUAUGCAGACAGGGAGAAGACAGAGGGCGCCAUUGUUGAGCUGCUUGUGGCUUUGAGCAAUAUUUGCAAUUCAGGUCAAAUUUUUAUUUAG